GUGGAAUCAUGGGAAAGUCCCCGGGUCCAUGACGUAACGACCAGGGUGAGCGCUGCAAACCGCGCAGUGAUCCCGUCUCGCGUGAUCAGGUCCCGGGCAUCAGGAGUUGGAGAAGUAGCGGCUUUUAAAAACUUUCUGUCCGCAAGUGAUCUCGGCGAAAUAGCGCUUCGACAAGAGUCUGCGGCUUCCGGAGGAGACAAGAUGUCUUUUUAAAGUGUCUCCGUGUUCGUGCUCGCCUCACUGCUCCGUGUGCUCCGCUCUUGCAGCGCACUUCUACCGCACCACUCAGAAACUAUGGGGUCUUCCACCGUUCUUUCAUCCACCCAGUGCACGGUUUGUGCUUUUGAACAAUUCGAUCGCAGCAGACGACACAAUGGCGGCAUCGAUCCUUCGCAAGAAAAUUCCUCCCAUUUCCACAGGCGGGCUCGUCGCAACCCUUCUCCAACAGGCUAGCCACAGCCAAUCACGGACCAGGACAGGGGCGGAGCCUGUGGAGAGGCAGCACUUAAUUGGUGAUGGUCACUCAGAUUGGAUGACGGAAAAAGUUGAUUUGUCUUCAUUUGUGUCGACGAGCGAGUCUUCUCCGAGCUCUUCCCUUCCACCCUCGCCAUUACAACAAGAUGUCAAGGUGCCCUCGGAUCUGGAGGUCAUGACCUCUCUGCUGCAGGAGGAGCUGGCUCAGCUGGAGGACUACUUCCGCUCCGAGUCCACAUCCACAACAAGCAAGUUGGAGAAAUCUUCAAAAUGUGACAAGGGUGCUCAAGCCAUGGGCUCCCAGUCUUAUUAUCAGUUACCCUAUGGGUCCUAUGGGUCCAGUCAAUCAGAAGCCAGCCCCGUGGUUGUUACCUUGGCAACAGGGGAACUGGACCUGGCAAGCUUCUGCGGCGGUCCCAUCGGCAGAACCAAAAUUGCUCGACCCGCACCGUACAACUACCAUCACCGCUACCACCACCACAACAAUGGGCGGAGAAUCAUCAGCGAGGCUGUGAAAGUCGGGGAGGAAGUUGGACUUGAUACAUGGGGCUCCAGGGGAGGUUACUCAGGAAGCACAGACUUGUCUGUGAACCACUACUCCACACUAAAGACGGUGAGCAAGAGCAGCCUGGGCAGCGUCAAGAAGGUGAGAGAAUGUCCGUUAUCGUUGAAGGAAGAGGAGAGUUACUGUUUCUCAGAAGGAAUGUUUUGCAGCGAAGAGAUUGCUCGAGGUUUUUGUCUGGGCGGCUCGUACGAGAGCCACCACAAGCGAGAUGGACAGCUGAUGCACAACGUGAAGGUCAAUGUAAGUUACGACAGUUCGGGGCUCGAUGUUUUGCACUGCGGCAAAGAUGGAGGACUUUCUGGAAGUAUUCCCCAAGAGACAAUGGUGGCCGGUGACGGCUACUUCCACCAGUCCAUGGCCAACGCAGAGCCUUACCAUAGCUUUAUAGGGGACCUAGAUCAGCCGUCACAAGCACAGGCUGUAGAGCCCCAACAUGGCCACUACCUCUAUCCAGAAUGCCUUGCAGACCAAAGCUACGAAUGUCUGUCCAGAGGGGAGGAAGAGGAGUCGCUGAUGGGAGCCCCCAUCAUCCACCGCCCCACCCAGAGGCUAAAGGAUGAGCACUGCUCCCUCAAACCGUCCCUGGUGAUGGGCUCCCCUUCUGUGGAGGGCCACACUGGAGAGAGGAAGCAGAAGAAGAGAGACCAGAACAAAACUGCUGCUCACAGGUACAGGCUGCGUAAGAGGGCGGAGCUGGACUGUUUGGAGGAGGAGCUGCAUGGCCUGGAGGGGCAGAACCGGGAGCUUCGUGACAAGGCGGAGUCGGUGGAGCGAGAAAUCCAGUACGUCAAAGAUUUACUGAUCGAGGUCUACAAGGCUCGCAGUCAGCGGCUCAAACAGGAUGGCAGUGCCUAGAAAACGCCCACGCUGACCUCACCUCCCCGAAUCUCCCAACCAGCAAGAGAAAAAUCAAGUCAAGAGCACCAACAGAUUUUUGUCUCACAAAAAUGAAAUGGUAGUUGCAUGAUUUUCGUAGAUCUUUUAUAAAAAAAAAAUUAAUAUAUAUAUAUAUAAAUAUAUAUAUAUAUAAUUGUUCCAAGAGGACGGCGACACGAAAACCCGGCUUUCUGAAAAACAAAAGAAAGGAGGAGUUUCCAGAUGGGUGACUAAAACUAUUACAAGCCUUAGUGAGGUGGCUUCUUUCUGGAGGAGAUGCUGAACUUGUCCGUGACCACUGUGAUCCGAACUGCACUCACAGCCUUGUGACGACUGAGUCUGCACUUGCGAUGGUUGAUCGUUUACAAAAACGCUCUUUGAAUUAGUAGUAGUGAUUGAAUUUGCUCGUGGUUUUUUGUGACACACAUCGGCAUUAUCGAGGCAGAUCCACACUAAAUAUAUAUUUUAUUUUGUAUUUUAUUUUUACCUAUUAAUGCUCAUUUAUCUUUUGCUUCAAACAAUCAAGUGAAUAAAAGGGAUUGCUGAUUUUUUUUUUUUUAAGUGUGUAACAUGCUCUACAAAUGUUCAUUAUCAGAAACAUUAAGAAAUUUGUAUUGCUAAAAUCUCCUUACCCCGCUGAAAUACCCAAUGCAUGUUUGAUUUUGGAAAAGCAUGUGCGAGUGUUAUUUGAAGGCAAUAUUCUGUUAACUGCAUGGCUUCAAGAUCUCCACCGCGUCAAUUGAACUCUUCUCUGAGUUUCACCCCUCUCUCUUUCCAGUGUGGCUCAUGCUCAGGUUUUGCUUUUCAGCUCUGAGGAACAGAAACAUUCACUGGCUUCAUUUUGUUCCCCCCCUUUUUCUCUUUUCUCUCUCUCUCUCUCUCUCUCGGCUGUAUUUUUGCGAACAAACAAUCACCUGUUGACGCAACAAUAAAUCGUUGUUGGGUAA